AGAAAUGGGAAAGGUGUGUAUUUGUGUCGCGGGUGCUCCCUUGACUUAGAUUAGUGGUUUCAAUGAUUUCAGUCAUUUGAAGCAUAUUACCAUUACCUGUUAACCCUCUGGGAAUCCUAGGUGACCGAAGAAAACUGAAGAGAUGGUCAACAGGGAGUCAAGGAAAUGCAUCCUUUCCCCAUGGGAGGAGCUGUUUCUUUUAUCGCUGCUGCUGCUGAUGAUGCUGCAGACUACGAUAUGCGAGCCCCAGCACCACCCCACCCGAGUACCUGGAUCAAAGCACCUGGUAGUACAAACGGACUUCCCUUACGAGUACUGGCGCCCGUCAGCCAAGCCCUACAGGCCCGCAGUUCCUCGAACGGUAACCUCGACGCCAGCAUCCUACGGCUUCUACUACGGGGAAUCGAGCAAAGACCACGAGAUCGACGCCUCCGCCUGGCAGAUGCUCCCCAUCCAGAUCCCGGACGACCUCGUGGGAGCCGUGAAUGAAAGAACGACGCAAGCGACCACUCCGGCACCGACGGCUCCCACGUACCCGACGACGGUGACCCCUCAGUACGGACGGUACCCGGGGGUCACGGAGCGACCGCAUCUCUUUCAUCCCGAGAGGCUUUAUACUCAUGUCAAAGAUUAUGACGAUCAGGUCGAGUAUGAGGGUCAUCCCGGUAAGAGGCCGAGACCUUCACAUCAACAGUAUUUCAAAGAUCCCAGUGAGGAAGAGGUAUACCAGAUAUCGCAGCAGCCUCCCCGAAAAGCAAAUCGGUUCAAGAAACCUCAGAAUUCUUGGCACAGCAGUAUUCUAGAGAACUUGGAGUCUAUCGUGGCUACCCACUCACCUCACGAAUCCAAAUUCCAGAGGCCUCAUCAUCAUCAUAUCAACAACAUCUCCAGACGUCCCGCCUGGCCCUACGGCUCCUCCCAGGAGGAAUACGACGAUGAUGCUCAGGCAAUCGGGGAAGACAAGCCCCAUCACCUCUAUGCAAUGCCUAGACCAGCAUACAAGAAACGCAGAGGGAAUAAAAGGCCCAACCAUUUCCUCAACAGUGGAGGAGAGACAAUCAUCCUGAGUACCCCGCCGGAGUCAUAUGAGGAAGUUCAUUCGACCGAGGACCACCGCCCUCACGCUGACCGCGUUCAAACCUUCUCGGAGGAGGACUACGACAUGUAUUACAACACUCAUCAGAAUAAUCAAGACAACCAGAAUUCGUUUUUAGAUAAUUCCAUAGAAUUUAUCCAGAAUCAAAUCAGACCACUGACUAACAGGAGGCGAGUCCUUCUGAACAGACGUCGACCCCUUCGAAGGCAACAGGUGCAGUCUCAUUCCACACACAAACCAGAAUACCACGACCCGGUCUCCAACGAUCCCUGGAAUGCCCAUCUGUUCUUCAGCCAAGAUCACGACACUGACCACCAAGAAAGCACCCACACACGCCCAGCUGGUAACAGAUUCCGCCCCGUGACCGGGAUUCGACCCAUUAGGCCAAACAGACCAUACGGAAAUCAGGGAUUCAGUCCAAAUUCCCCGUAUGCCCAAAGUGCACCCCUUUCCCCUCCUGGGCCCCUUCUUCAACGACCCCUGAACCCCGCUGGAGGAAUGAGACGACCCUGGCAUCACUCUCAUUUCGCCUCGGACGCAGACGACGUCGAGUCGUCUGCGCACGACUACGGAAUCGUAGACCGACUGACUGAUGCGAACCCUUUGACGUCAUCAGUGACGUUGCCCGGAGGGAUGCUGGUCGUGGCCCUCGCCCUGGCGCUCUUCUACUUCAACUUCGUGUGGUAUCCCACGCCCGUGGUGACGGCCAGGCUCAUCAAACUCAUUUCAGAUUCCGUCCCGGACGACCUGCUGGAUUCGGAGAAGCAGAGGGCGAUCGGUGAGGUAUACGAAGUGUUCCGAAGUCUGGAGACGGAAUACAUUCAGGACCCCAACCUUUGGAAGCCCUCCUGCAAGUCGAGGUUGGUUUGCCAGGUCCACCAGGAACUACCUGGGCUGUGGCAGAUCACGUACGCUUACGAGGCUGUGGUCAGACGCAGCUUGGCAACCGGACCUCAGGGCGACGACGAUUUGAGCGUGUUCCUGAAAGCAGCCGAAGACGGCAGCGAAGGAUCAAACUGUAGCGAUCUGUUCAAAACCUGCCCCAUGGAACCUGUCCCAGUGCGUUCGUAUCUGCAGACGCUCCUGGGGAUUGGCGACAGCCAGACAUUACCGACGAUCGUUUUUAGUUAGGUGGUGAAUCGUGAACCAGUACGUCUAUUUUGUAAGUUUUCUUAAGUGAAUUUUGUAACUUAUGAGUGAAGUUUUACGUUUAUAAGUGAGUUUUUGCACUAGUGAAUGAAUGUGACUAUAGUUUUCUUUACGAGGAUCAAGAAUCGCGCGAUUUAAGAGUCAAAAGGAAGGACGACGGAUCUGCUCUUCGGAUCUGGUGUGGUAUCAUCAAACAAGCGGAGGCUAUGCCAUUGCAAUUUAUUCAAUUUAUAGAAUGACAGCGUUCCAUAUUUGAACAAUGAAUGCUGAAUGGAGUUAUAGAAUACUAUUUUUCAUCUUCACGUGCAAUGCAGCAGUUUAGUGCAUGACACGAAAUUUCCCUGACGUCUCCAAAGCGCAGAAGCCGGUGCGCCAUAACUAAAAUAAAAGCGCCUCAGCGGCGUCGUUGGUAUAGUAUUAGCGUCCCACCUCGGUGGUCGCGGGUUCAAUUCUCUGCCAUUCCAUUGAGGAGUGAGAGAUGUGUAUUUCUGGUGAUAGAAGUUCACUCUCGACGUGGUUCGGAAGUCACGUAAAGCCGUUGGUCCCGUUGCUGAAUAACCACUGGUGGUUCCAUGCAACGUAAAAACACCAUACAUACAUACAUAGCAGAAAUAGGCAUUUUAUGUUAUGGUGUACUAUUCUGAAGUACUAUAAUUACUCUGAAAUUUAUACAUUUUUCAGUAUGUCAAUCUGUCAACGUUUGAGAGAGAGAGAGAGAGAGAGAGAGAGAGAGAGAGAGAGAGAGAGAGAGAGAGAGAGAGAGAGUACGUACGCACUUUGGUGUGAACCUGAUGAAAAUAUUUUAGAGCCUGCUUCUGUACAUAAACGAUGACUUGUUAUACUCAACUGAGCUGUAUAUACGACUGUAAACUAGAUAGUUGGACCCACAAUAACUUUAAGUAUUUAUCAAAGUUUCCAGAUUUUCAUUGAUGGUAAGGUAUGAUGUUGUUCCAGUAGUGACGCAGUUGUAUCAGGUGCCAAAAUGUAAUAUACUGUAAAAUAAAAGAAAUGUACUACAAGAAUUCUCGCAUUCAUCUUCCUGUAUUUAUGCGUGUGAUUUUGUCAGCAAUUUCUAUCCAAGUUCGUUGUUGUACGCAGACGUUUUUAAUGAUAGCUGGAGUAUCUUGCAAGAAAGGAAUCCGCUACAACAUCUGAUAAACAGAGGAUGAGGCAGGCACGUCGAGAAACAUAGGUAUGUUGCCUAUAAUGUCUACAUAUGCAAGCUUCAAGUUAACACAGCGAGUAGCUACCUCAUUCUAUGUUUUCAUACGGCGGAGGAUAAGGUCAGUAUCUCGGUGUUUAUUAAGAAUUUCCUUUACGUAGCUUAGUAAUUCUUUGCAACUGACCUUUCUGUGAUAUACUUUGCUUCACUUAGAUAUGAUACAUCAUUCUACAAUAGUCUGAUGUC